AGUUGGCAGUAAAAGUUUUCAUUUGGCUUCUGUCGAAUGAGGAAUGCGAAAAUGUCGGUGACAAUCAGCAACAGAACCCGAAAACAGGAACGGGAACAAGAUCGAACCGCUUUUCCGGAAGUGACUAAUGGGAAAAUCAACACAGAAAAAUUUCUUGCCGCAUCUCAACAAGUUGUAGGAUUGAUUGAAAAAUUUGGAAAACUCUUUGCGCCAGUAAAGUAUGAUAUGCAACAAAAUAUAGACAAAUUAAACACAAAGUAUAAUUCGGAUAAGGAGAGUCACUGUACGUUGCAAGAUAUGAUAUUGUCUGAAAAAAUAGCCGGCGAAAGUGUAACCGCAACUGAAGCCUUGUUGUGGUUAAGAAGGGGGUUACAUAUGAUCCAAUUAUUUUUUGAGAAGAUUAUUCAAGACUACAAAACUGGAAACAUCACUGAAGAUUUAGUAGCUUCUUUGAAGAAAUCAUACAAAGAAUCUUUAGAGCCCUUUCACGGUUGGAUGGCACAACAAUUAUUUGGUUUGCUUGCACGUAUGAUCCCCGCAAGAACACAAUUAAUGGAAAUUCUUACAAACGGACACGAAGAAAAAGAAGAGGAGAUUUUAAAUGAUAUGGAUGAACUCACGAAAGGAUUAAAAAAGAACGUAAUCGCCCUCCACAUAUUCUACGAUCUCCACAAUUUAAACAGCAACAAUCGAGUAUAAUUAGCGGGAUUUUAUGAUUAAGAAAUGCUGGAAAAAUAUUUAGAAUUUCUUAUUAAAACCGAGAAAAACUGUUAUAAAUAAUAUAAUUAUAAUAAUUUAUUAAAAUUCGUGUUUUAAAUUAUUAUUUUCUAACUUACUCCAGGUAAAAAUACGCCUUCUUUGGAAGGAUUGAACUUACAUCUUUGGUGCAAAAAUUAAAAUUUAAGCCUUAAUCCUAUUUCAGUUUUGAUUACUCUCUUUUUAGUCUCUUUUGUCAUCGACUCCAUAUAACUCAGCCAUGUAAAAUCGCUUUGCGUGUGAUUCCGCUAAAUUUCGCAAAGCAAUCGUUCCUGUUAU